AUGUCUAUAGACCUUGGUUCUCAAUGGAUAAAAAUGGCUUUGGUUAAACCAGGUGUUUCCAUGGAGAUAGUUUUAAAUGAAGAAUCGGGAAGAAAAACACCUAAUGUGAUUAAUAUUAAAAACAAUGAACGUUUUUUUGGCGAUGAAGCACUUUCUUUUAGUGUUAAGCACUACGAAAAUUCCUUUACUCAUUUGGUGGAUCUUUUGGGUAAAAAAUUCGAUAAUCCGGUGGUAGCACUUUACAAACAACGAUUUCCGUUCUUAAAGAUUAUUCCAGAUGACGUCAGAAACGUCGUACAGUUUGAUGUGGAUGGAGACACUUAUAAUAUUGAAACUCUCAUAGCAAUGAUUUUGAAGCGAUGCCAAAAAAUUGGCGAGAAUUAUGCAAAACAGGAAGUGAGAGAUGUAGUCAUCACAGUUCCGGCGUUUUUUAAUCAAGCAGAACGACGUGCUGUUAUUGCGGCAGCUAAAAUUGCUGAACUGAAUUUAUUACAAUUGCUCAGCGAUCACGUCGCUGCUGGUUUAAGUUAUGGUGUAUUUCGCAGAAAAGAAAUUUCUGAGAAAUCAGAGACUCUAUUGAUUUAUGAUGUUGGUGCAUCGAAAGUAACAGCUUCAGUUCUGGAAUAUGCUGUGUUAGCUGAGAAAAAAGAAGGUGAAAAAGAUCCGGUGAUGACAACAUUGGGCGUUGGCUAUAAUCGCAUGACUGGUGGACUUGAAAUCACCCAGCGACUUCGCGAUAUUUUCGUAAAUCAUUUUCGUAAAAGUAUGAAGACUAAAUCCGAUAUCACAAAAAAUCCUCGCGCAAUGGCUAAAAUGUUACAAGAAGCAGAACGCGUGCUUUCGGCAAACGUUGAUUACGUUGCGCAAAUCGAAAAUGUCCACGAAAACCACGACUUUAUGAUGCAUUUAAGCAGAACAGUAGUGGAAGAUUCAAUUAUGGAUUUGGAAGGAAAACUAAUGCAGCCUAUCAUAGAUGCCUUGAAAAUGGCUGAAAUUUCUCUUGAAAAGGUUGAUCAUGUAGUGCUUAUGGGUGGAGGCAGCCGUGUUCCGCUAAUUCAAGAGUUUGUGCAGAAAUUCAUCAAAAAGAAAGAAGUAAAGAAGUUCUUGAAUACCGACGAAGCGAUUGCAGUAGGUGCAGUCUAUCAAGCAGCUUAUCUGAGUAAGGGAUUCAAAGUCAAAAAAUUUGGCAUUCGUGAUUUGCAGAUGUUCCCGAUACAGGUGGAUUUUAUGAGUGCAAACAAUAAAGAUGAAAAACGUAUAAUACAUCGACCAAUAUAUCCCUUCAAGUCAUUCAUUCCAGCAUCUAAAAAACUUUUGUCUUUCACUUCAUUUGUGGAGGAUUUUUCGAUUAAUGUUAAUUACGGAGAAAUAAAACAGCUAAGUGCAGAUCAGAUCAUGGAAUUUGGUUCGCUCAAUAUUAGCGAAAUUAGGGUAGAAGGUGUUGCAGACAUAUAUUCAUCGAAAGCAACAAAAGAAGGAAUUAUCUUCAAGAGUGUUAAAACGCUUUUUAAUUUGGAUGGUUCAGGAAUGCUACAUGCAGAUAAAGCCGAAAUAUUAUUUGAACAAAUUGAAAAGGCAGAAUCAACUUUUGCUUCACUAGCAGGAAAAAUUACUGGAUUGUUUUCGUCAAAUAGUGUAACUGAAGAAGAAAAUGAGAUUAAUGAAAAAAAUUCGAAGUCUAAAGAAGUAAUCGAUAAAGAUCGAAGUACUAAUAUGGAAAAUCAAGCAGGCGAUAAUGUCGACAAGUGCGAACGUGACAGAGUUGCCAAAAGAGCCAAAAACAUUACAAAUCAAGAUUCCCUUGCAGCUGAAGGAAAGAUUAAAAAGUUUGAACAGAAGGAGGAAGAAAAAGCUAAUCGUGAUAAAGCACACAAUGAGCUUGAGUCGUAUGCCAUUGAUCUGGAACUUAAACUGAAUGAUGCUGAAUUCAUCCGUUUCCUAACUUCUGAUGAGCUUGCUGCUUUGCAAAAAAAAGUAUCCCAAGUUAAAAUCUGGGUUGAGGAGGAAACUGAUAUUAGUACACCUGAGGCUGAGUUUGUUAAGAAUAAACGAUCAAUCGAUGAUUUGAUGCAGCCUAUUAAAGCUCGUAUGAAAGAGGAACAGGAGCGUCCUUUGGUGGUAGCUGAUUUGAUUUCAUUGUUCAAUCAUACGGAAAUAUUCUUGCUUCUUGCACAGAAUCUCUCUGAGUCAACCGAAAUAUUCACUAAAGUUGAAAUCAAUUCACUGGCCAAGUUGUUACAUGAAACAAAGGACUGGCUUGCUGAAAAAAUUGAAAUGCAGUCUAAAUUGAAACCAACCGACCCUCCAGUAUUAUUAGUUAGUGAAGGAAAGGAGAAGUUAAUGUCACUCGAUCGUGAAGUGAAUUAUUUAUUAAAUAAGAUGAAAUUUGUGAAGCCGAAAGUUAAGAAACAGGAAAAGGUCAACGAUACAGGUUCUGAACAUGAAACAUUGGAAGAAGUUGAGGAAUCUAGGGUGUCUUCAAAUGAAUCAGAAACAUCUUCAAAGGAAGAGUCAAUUAAAUCAACGAAAAAUCUAGAAGUUCCUGAAGAGACGAUUGAAGUAGCGAAAGAAAAUAAAACUGAAAAGGAAGGAGUGGGAGUUCAAAAGACACAUGAUGAGUCCGAGCUUUAA